AUGACGGAAGACAUUGCGACUCUAAAAUCUGACCGGAGCGUCGGACUUACACCUGAUGAGAUCUGGCUGCAAGACAGCGAGGCUCGUCUGGACUCCAUGGAAAUGUUACUCAAAUCCGUCAAAAGAGACAUUGAUGCAUUAAGUGAAAAGUUACCCUCGCCUCGUAUGCCUCGUGUCCAGAACGAAAACCGGUCGGAUUUUUCUAACGACAACUUUGUUCACGAGACUGGUUGUAAAAACUAUGUCCUAUCAAGCAAUCCCGUCAACAGCCCACAGUUUUCGCCCCUUUUCCCCCCAGUACUGCCUUCCAGCGAGGAAGUGGAGGUUGUACAUGUGGAACACCAUCGAAUGUUCUACAAUUUGGGCCUCGGUUCGCACACCAUUGCUGAACCUCUAACAGGAAUGUUGGAGGAGACCGGGCCAGAAGUCUGCGAGGCCACCAAACCAACCUCUUGCGCGGAUUUACACGCCCUCGUUGAGGAAUCCGAGGAAGAGAAGAUAAAACCCUGGCGGUCUCCAGCCGAUUUUCGGACAGCAGUUUCUGCAAACGAAUACUCCCCUCCCACUUCGCCAACUUUCGGUGAAUCGAAUGAUAUUGUCGCACUCAAAAAUAUCCUCUUGCAUAGUGAAAAUGUCGAGGCCUAUGGUGGACUACCUGAGGGCACUGACGCCAAACAUAUGAGCGUCUACGGCAGUUCGCAUACUCUGCCAACCAUUGAGGAAAACUCUGAGGAAGAUCGGGCAAUGACCGAUAGCGAAAAUGCGGAUUCCUCCCUUUCGGCAGAAGUCGGCUCGCCACCCGAUGGGCAGCCGCCGCCUACAGACAGCCAAAAUUUCAAAUCAGUGGAUGACACGGGGAAAGAUCGAUCGACCCUGCCACCGCCGGGUUUGGCCGCGCCGCGGUUCUAUGAGUCAGUUAGGAAGUGUGCCAAUGUGGAGGAUAGUGGAAGAUCUCACUCGCCUAGACAACAGACCAUGGAAAAAAUGAACGUUUGCAGGGAUCCCGCAGACAACCUGGAGGCCCGACGCAGUUUAGAACGACCACGAUCCGGCAGCCCCUUCCUCACGCGACCGAAGGCUAUGACUGAACCUCAAAGCGUAUCUGCGGUGCCCUCGCUUACUUCCCUCAGGAGUCGCGACAGCAUGAUAAUAAGCGACGCGGAAUCCUACGUGACUGUGCGGAGCAAUGUCUACCCCUCUAGCAGUUGUGAGGAGGCUUACGUCACCGCGACUAGCGACCUUGACGGUGUGGGGAGAGUCUCCGAGGACGAGGAUGUACGUACCUUCCAAGGCCACACUUCUUAUCUGGGAGGUGGACAAGAUUGGAGGCGAGUAAUGGCGAAGGAGAAGCCAUCAAAGCUGUUGGUAUUGCAACAGACAUCCAAUAGCGACUCCCAUCAGCAAUCGGAUGACGUAUUGGAAUUUACUUUAGUGGAAGCCGAAUGUGAUAACUCCGGGCCGGCAAGGAAUUCCAGUCAACCGCCAGCAGAAAACAGCGGAUUUUCUGACCCGGGAACUCCAAAACACAGUGAGUAA